AUGCGGAGACGUGAAAAAAUGCGCAAGGCACUCCAUGAGGUUUCCGUUAUUGCUGCGGACGAUGAAGAAAAAUUUGAGUUGGUGAUGAAAGGGAUACGAGAAUUGAAGUUAAAAGUCACCAAUGAUCACUUCGACAUUGUUCAAACAUUUUCUUCAGAGCCACGAGAUUAUGUUGAGCAACAAAAAGUGGUAGGUAGGGCAGAUAAAGUAUUGAGUCCUCUGGUCACUCGAGGGAAAGGGCGUCCUGCAACGAAAAGGAAAAUUUCAAGAUUGGAAGUUGUGGUUCAGAAGCUGAAAAAAAAGAAUCAAAACAAGAAGGUUAAGGAGACCAAAGCAAAUAGAUUAAAAUCCACAAAGGCAUCUACAAAAACAUUGGAAGCCAAUAGCAUGUUUGGUCCAAAUCCUUUUGAUGCUAUCUCUAGUAAUCUUGUGGUAUAG